AUGCUAGCGCUUACUGUCGGAUCAAAUCAGAUGGAAAUGGUGGACAAAGCUGUUCCAAGGUUGAAACAUCCUAAUUGCUUUCGAAAAAACAUCUGGACACUAAGUUUGAUGCUGCAGUUUGACAAAGACUGGAUGAUAGUUCUUUUUCACUACGACGCGCACACGGAUGCGUGGGAUCAGUUCGAGUGGUCUCAACGUGCCGUCCAUGUUAGCGUGAGGAAGCAAACCAAAUGGUGGUAUGCGAAGAGAUUUCUGCAUCCCGACGUGAUAGAGCCUUUCGAAUACCUGUUUCUUUGGGACGAGGAUUUGGAUUUAGAGCAUUUUGACGCGCAUAAAUAUAUCGAGCUUGUGAGGAAACAUGGACUAGAUAUAUCACAACCUGGGCUAGAGCCCGACAGAGGAUUGACUUGGCAAAUGACCAAACGAAGGGGCGAUGUUGAGGUUCACAAAACCACGGAAGAGAAGCCAGGUUGGUGUAGUGCAGGGCCUCACAAGCCUCCUUGUGCCGCAUUUGUGGAGAUCAUGGCUCCAGUUUUUUCGCGCAAGGCCUGGCGCUGUGUGUGGCAUAUGAUUCAAAAUGACUUGGUGCAUGGCUGGGGACUAGACUUUGGCCUGCAAAAGUGUGCAACGCCUGCUCACGAGAGGAUUGGAGUCGUGGAUGCACAGUGGAUACGACACAAAGGCGUUCCGUCUCUUGGCUCACAGGGACAAGCCGUCGAGGGGAGACCACCCUGGGAAGGAGUGCGGGUAAGGUGUAACAAAGAGUGGCGUAUGUUUUCUGAGCGAAUGAAGAGAGCUGAGGACAUGCAGAAAAAUGUAACCCUCAAAAGCCAACAUUAGUACUACAAACAUAUUAGUCGAAUACAAUUAUACCUUCUAAAGCACGUAUAUAAAAGAA